CUCACUUACUAUACACUUGCCUUACAAAAUCAACGAUCUUCAUUAUCAAUCUCUUACAUCACGUCUCCGUAUCAGCAAGCAUGUCUGAUAUUCAAAUCUGCACGAUAAUGCCUGUCCCCGAAGAUCUUCGGGGCCAGGCAGACACGCUUGCUCUCCAGGAAAACCCCAAGAACGGCCAUCAGCUCACUGCUGGCGGGGCUGUUCUGGGCACCCAAAACCCCCUUGCUCUCGCUUUACCCGUCGGCUCUAUGUGGCGAAACAAGCGUGUCCUUCGCGUCAAAUUCCUCAACGGAUCCGACAGGAUUAAGCAAAAGAUUCAAGAGUUCGCUGUGAAGUGGAAUGAAUUUUCUGGUGUCACAUUCUCGUUUGACAACGCUGAGGAUGCUGAGAUUCGCAUCAACUGUGACAGUAGCGGACAGUCAUGGUCGUACGUCGGCACCGAUUGUCUCGGCAUCCCCAAGAAUCAGCCUACUAUGAACUUUGGUUGGUUGACCGACUCAACUCCUGAUGCUGAAUAUUCUCGUGUUGUCAUCCAUGAGUUUGGUCAUGCUUUAGGAUGCGGUCACGAGCAUCAGUCUCCAGCUGGUGGCAUUCCCUGGAAUAAAGAGGCAGCUUACAAGUAUUACGGCAACCAGAAUAAUUGGAACCAUGACGAAGUGGACCGCAACAUCUUUGACUAUUAUAGCUUCACCAUUACAAGGCUCACUGAUCUCGACAAGAAGUCAAUCAUGAUAUAUGCAAUUCCCAAGUCUCUCACCACAAACGGGUACUUUGUUGCAUCCAACAACGUACUUUCUGCCACCGAUAAGGACUUCAUCGGUGGAGUUUAUCCCAAGGGUGGAGCUGCGACUUCUGCAGCUAAAACAGGAACUUCUGUUUCAACCUUCAACACCAUGGAAGUCAGAAACUGGCAAAGCCCGCAGAGUCAGACUUCAAAGACGGUCAAAUUCUCUCAGAGCUUUGAAAAGCCGCCUGCGAUUGCAGUGGGCCUGAACUGGCUUGACAUUGCAAACAAUGCCAACAUCCGCGUUAAUGCGUCUGCGGACUCUAUUGGAACUGACUCCGCCGUCUUUCACGUUGAUUCCUGGGCUGACACGACUCUCUAUUCAGGAGGCUGCGUUGGCCUUCAAGCUGCCCAGGACGACCCUGACUUUCAGGUCGGUAAAUUCAGUACCACUGAUGACCACCCAUGGAAUCAACCCCGGGAGAAAACAUCACGUCGAAUCAACUUUGCUCGGCCAUAUUCCUCGCCACCCAAGGUUGUUAUCUGGCUCAGUCAACUUGAUAUGGACAAGAACAAGAACUGGCGAGUCAAUGCCACUGCAACCAAUAUCAACAGCACCGGAUUCACUAUCAACCUUGAUACAUGGUCCGACACUGUCUUGUACGCUGCUACAGCGCAUUGGAUUGCAUAUCCUAGCAAUAAAGUCGGAGUCACGAGCGGAACAUUCAACGUAACGGAUAUCAGGCCAUGGAAUCAGCCUCAGUUGUUGAACACAGACCGUGCCAACUUCCCAGCCAACACUUUCCAAAAGCCUCCGUUGAUAUUGAUCGGCUUGAACAGUCUUGAUGUUGACUGUCACCAAAAUCUUCGAGUCAAGUUGGGAGCUACUAAUAUUUCUGCGAGUGGUAUGGACUGGCGUAUUGAUAGUUGGUUUGACACCACCUUGUACGCUGCUGGCGGUUCUUAUAUCGCGCUAUCUUAGCUUGUGACCUUUCAAUAUAUUUGUCAAUUGGAUGAUCGCCCGCCAAGAUACUCAGUACUUGCAUAAUAGUGAAGCAAGAAAAGACUAAAUGAAAGGG